CACAAGGAGAUGUUCACGUCUGAGGUGUCUAGGGAGGAGGGCUGGAGAUACUACUUACAGGACUUUAUGCCCAUAGACUGUAAGGAUCUCCAUGGAGACGGUUACUUUGACUCUGGUGUUUACGACAUCUACCCCCACGGCACCAUCACCAGUCCCGUCCGGGUGUACUGUCAGAUGGAGACAAUGGGCGGAGGUUGGACGGCAAUCCAAAAACGCGUCAACGGAUCUGUGAGUUUUGACCGGGAUUGGACAGCAUAUAAAAAUGGUUUCGGUUUACCAGAACAGGAUGUCUGGGUUGGAAAUGACAUAAUCCAUCAGUUAACAAAAGACUACAACUCAUUCCUUUAUGUGUCCAUCACUCUCCAGAAUGGCACAACGCUGUAUGAAUUGUACGACAGAUUCUCUGUCUCCGACGAAGCUGAGAAAUAUCAACUCUUUCUUGCUGGGCCAGCUACGGGUACCUUAGGAGACAGUAUCUUAAACACUGGAUUUCCUACCCGUGACCUGUCAGGGAUGUCCUUCACUACACGGGACCAAGAUAACGACCCGUCCAGUGUCAACUGUGCUGCUAAUUAUGACAAGAGAGGCGGCUGGUGGUUUAACCGCUGCCACCGAGGCUUCCUUAACGGUCCCUGGUACCCGGCCGACUGGGACACUCCGUGGUACCCAGCAGUAGAGAAUGGGACGUCCAUCAGGGGGACCGUGAUGAUGAUUAAACGUCACUAGAUGGAUACUUUUAAGAUAGAGGGACCUCCUAUUGACGAACAACUACCUGUCUGGCGAAAUAUUUUUCUUAGAAACAGACAAUUUCAACUUUAUUUUCGUUUUGGAAAUCUAUUCAUUUCUUUUACAUAAUGUUUUAAAUCAAUUGAGGAAACUUGUAAAUACUAUUUAUUAUUAACGAGUUUUA